GACUUGAGCAUAUAAGAGCAUUACAAGACGCUGAUACCAAACUAUCAGCCUUGGCCUGCAUCUUGGCUAGUCAAUCCUACAGUAUCUGCACAGCAGCUACUGAAAGCCACAAUGGCCCAAACACACAGCGAGGAAAACUCGAUCCGCGACUAUGGUGUCGCUGCCCCUCACGGGCCGAACGUGACCGGCCACCACACUGCCACACAGGACGUCGACAUUCGUGCAGACAUGACCUCCAACGAGCUCGACAUCUUCCACGCUCUUUUGCACCCCGACGAUCUCUACGAUGCGAAUGGCACAUACUGGGCGGACUUGCCUCUUGGUCCGCGUAUCAAGUUCGUGACCAACGUCGACAAGCAAGAAGCCAAGAAGGAGUUUGGCGAGUUCUGGACGACCUUCAAGAGCGACCCGCUCGAGCCUGUCAGACAGUACUUCAGAAACUAUGUGAUCCCCGGUGCCGGUCUAGGUCUCGAAGGUUACGUCCUAUUCUCCAUCGGCAAUGUCAGGCCCCUCCUCCAAGCCUCAUUUCCCGAGUGCUGGUCGACAUUCAAGAUCUGUAAUGAGAUUUGGACGCAGGCUGUUGACUACCUAGAAAUUUGCGGUAUUAUUGUCGGUCAAAUCCUCGUCGGUGUCAUUGGUGACUGGCUGGGCCGUCGCCAUGGUCUGAUCCAGGACGCUGUCAUUAUGUUCCUUGGUCUUCUCAUGCUUACGGCCGCCUGGGGCGUCACCCAAAACGGCUGGGUCAUCUGCUACGUCUGGUCUCUGUUCUUCUAUGGUAUCGGUGUCGGCGGCGAAUACCCCAUGACUGCGACCGCAGGUAUGGAGAACGCUGUUGGCUCUGGCAAGGUCUCGACGAAGGACGAUCGUCUGCAUCGUGGUCGCAAGGUCACUGGUGCUUUCCUGAUGCAGGGUUGGGGCCAAUUCUUCAACCAGGUCAUCUUGAUUGUCCUGCUUCUGAUCUUCCACUCUGGAUCAGCACCACCGUACUCGAAGACUGUUACCCAGUGGACAUACCGCGUCUCUUUCGCCAUACCCGCUGUUGGUACGCUCUGGCUCGUUUACUUCCGUUACUACAAGAUGAAGUCUGCGUCAAAGCAGCUCCAGCUUGCGAAGAAGAAGGCGCACGUUACCGGUUACGACGUUGCCUCCCUGAAACUUACCUUCAGCUACUUCGGACCCCGUCUCAUCGCUACCGCUGGUACCUGGUUCGCCAACGACGUCUUUUUCUAUGGCAACAAGCUGUUCCAGCACGAGUUCAUCAAGGUCAUCACUCCCGGCAACAACUCUGUCAUGACCGGCUGGCUCUACAACUUGAUCAACGUUGGUGUCUCUCUUUGUGGAUAUUACCUCGCCUCGUUUAUGAUUGACAACAAGCUGUACGGACGCAAGUGGAUGAUGAUCGUCGGUUUCAUGGCUGACUUUGUCCUCUUCAUCGUGCCCGCUUUCCAUUUCGAAUUCUUCACACAGCCCGAGCACGUCCACGCGUUCCAGGCCAUGUACUUCCUGUCGUCGUUCUUCAACCAGUUCGGUCCUAACUCCGUCUCCUUCCUAGUCGCUGCCGAGGUAUUCCCUACACCCGUCCGUGCCACCGCCCACGGUUUCUCGGCUGCUGCUGGUAAGGCUGGUGCUCUGCUUGCGUCGAUUUUGUACAACUACAUCGAUACCCAGACCAAGUUCUACUUCGUACCCUGGUUCGGUCUCGUCGGCGCUCUGCUGACCUGGGUCUUCCUGCCUGACACAACCGGUCUCGAUCUCAAGGAGCAGGAGCGCCGAUGGACAUGCAUUCGUGCUGGCCGCGAGCACGACUACCACGGCAUCGCCAUCCACUGGAAGCACCUUUCCUGGUGGGAGCGCAUGCGCGGCCAGCACAAGGGCUACGACGCCAAGGCGGACUACCAGCAGAAGAUACAGGAGAUGCGCGCAGAAUGGGUUGAGCGCCAGCAGCACAACUUCUCUGAGAAGAAGGGCUGGGAGGAGGCUGAGCACGACGACCACUUUGACGCCGAAGUCCACAACUACUUCAAGCGCACGACUGAUGGCAACGGCCAGACAUCGUCUGGUAUCCUGCAGCCUGAGGUCGCCGAAAAGACGGCUGACGGCAGCGAGUCUGGUACUAGUGGCGAGAUCACGAGGGAGAAGUAGGAUGUUGCGAUUGCGAUUGCGAAGCGUGUGCAUAGGUCGGCGUAUUAGGAAAAGAUACCACAUCACUCAAUUUAAUGACAAUCGUUUCAAACUCACACACCUCCCAUACUCGUGGCCUGCGUGGUUUGCUCUUUUGCGGCAAGAACACCUGCCGUCGAUGUUGGUGGUGAAAGCACGGUCUUGGGAGGUCGGGGACCAUCAAUACCAUCCAACAUUCGGCGGUGCUGCAACCCACCCUAUCGGCAACCAGCAGGCGCAAACAC